AUGCCUUUAUGGGCUACGAGAAUGAUGGAGAGGUACGAUGCUUGCGCUGAACGAUUGGAAAAAGCGCUUUUGACAUCGUUUGACAAGAUGAACGUGCGGCAGGGUGAGAUACCGGCCCGUAUUUCAGCUCUCAACAGCGUUUUGAACACAGUUAAGCGAGACGUAAAUCAAAAUGCGCUAUAUUCAACAAAAGUUGAAGUCAAGGCGGACGAGAGGAAGAUCGAUGACAAGCUGAGGAGGAUAGCAUGGGUAGGACUUGGCGAGCAGAAGGAUGAUAUCGCCACUAAGAAGUUUGACAAGGAGGCCCUUAAAGAGGUGAUCGGGACCUUUGACGAUGCUGAGCUAAUGGAGGAGUUUUCAAAGGGAAAUAUUUCGGUUCUUCGUCAUCCGGCAGGUCAACCUAGAGGGAUCAAUAGCCGUGGAAGGAUUAUUAAAAUCAGUUUGCCCUCGCAGGAACUUAUGGAUAGGCUUUUACAGUCGGCAGAGCUUGACGAAACAUUGAGAAAGUCAUCCAAAGACCUUUACUGGUAA